CGCCCCAACACCCACAAUGACAUCCUCCUUGCCCUGGUUCCGCAAGGGCACCGACCCUGGGACUAUUAUUACCCUUGAUAAACCCCUCUCUUCCCGGUGGAAAAUUCUUGAAAAGCUGAAUGAGCAUGAAGAUCAGGCUACAGUGGAGCAAAAUAAGGCAUAUGGCUCUCGUUCGUUUGCCUCAGCCAAAUUUCUAUGUUGUGAUCCUCAACGACGUACACCGAACGCCUUUAUGCGAGUCUACUUUCAAAUUCCCCAUCGAAGAACUGAAAUGGAUAAUGCGGACACUAGAGGCCAACAAGCCAUAUCAUGGAUCCCGCAAGAACUGGCUUCCCUACUCGAUCUAACCGAAAAGGGCUCAUGUAUCACACCAAAGCUCCUCGGAUACAAGACUGGUACUCAUGAUCGCUCAGGGCUAGUUCCGGGUGGGUUCAUCAUAUGGCUUGUUUGGGAAAUUGUUCCGGGGCUACGCCUUGGCGAUCAUAACGGCGCUGGUCCAUUUUGGAGUCUUGAAAGCGAUGAAAGAGAGCGAGUCCGUCUAACCUUUCUUAAGGCUCUUGUCAAGCUGAAGGAGCAUGGGUGGUACCCGACCGUUCCUAGGGCAAGAAGUCUGGUCUGGCACCAAGAGACUCAAACACUCUAUUUCAUCGGUCGCUUCAGCGUUGGCGUAGAGGGGCAACCCCGACGUUCGGCCGAGCCUGCCCAACGGUUCGCGACUUUUGAGCUUGCAUUACCGGACGCUCCAGUCAGAUGGAAACACUGGGAUAAGGAUACCUCACGCUGGAAAUGGUAGUGGAUCCUAGCAUUCUCGCAAUGGUUUCUUGAACCUCUCCCUAUCAGAUUGCCAGGCCUGGAAGCCAAGUGUAAAGGGGUUGUGCGUCUGUGCUGACUCUCAGUGCUUGAUAAGUAAAUGAAUAGUCAAAUGAAUGCGUGUUCUUGAAAGCAGUGCUCUGACAAGGCGGUAUUCCAAUCAAGACUGG